AUGGAUACUGAUGUUGACAUCCUGUACAUGAUCCAUCACAUGACAAAACAGCUGCCUGCAGAGGCAACGGCUUUCCUUGGUGCAGUCGCAGCUUUCUUGGUGCUGCUGUUGGUGUUCUUCCUGUACUUCAACAAGAAAUGGUGUUUCUACGCCGUGGCUUGUUGUGAUGACCCUCCUCCUAUCUCUAGCUCCGCCAAGGAGUUAGGCAAAGCUUAUCGUUGCGAAGAGCAGGAGACCAGUUCUGACAGUGAGGAGGAUGUUUUACGCAGGCUCCAGACUUCUCAGAGUCUCCAGUCUACGAGACUUCUGGCAGAUUCUCUCCCAGGCCCUUCUGCUAGGCUGCAGGGUGGGCCGGUGAAGGGUACGGACCUGAUGUCUCUGGCAGAGAAGGGAAAGGCGGGCCGGGCGGGAAGCAGUGCCAGUUCUAGCUGCUCUACCACCAGUGGGGAGGACGACGGCCACAGCGCGGGAAUGCGGCACCGUGACGCACGCCGUUAUGCCAAGCAGAUCAGUGUGGAUGAGGAGAUCGCGCCACUAGUCAGCAAUGCCAAUAGCCAAGACUGCAUCGUGGUGCUGGGUCAGGAGCCACUGUUUGACGUUACGGACCUCCAGAGCAUGGGCACAGUGGAUAUGGCUCGGUGUGGGGCUGUCGAGGUAGCCUUUGCAUACGAUGCUCCGAUGCGCAAGAUGACAGUGCAUGUACUACAAGCUAGAGACAUUCCUACAAAAGACAGGGGCGGAGCUACGCACACACAGAGAAAUGAAUUUGCGGAGAUGAAAAUACAGAUGAUCCAUGAUGAUACUCUCAAACACUUUAGCCAGAGCAGACUGGAUCACAAUCGGCCUAUAAUUCUUAAUAUUGUUGUUGUGACCAGACUUAAAUAUAGGGACAUCAAAUCCAUGCUUAAGAGCAGAGGGAAAGAUGCCGGACCGAAGCAAUGCGGAGAACAAGGAGGCAAGAUGAGGGGCCAAGAUGGAUGA